AUGGAUUACCCAAAGGAGCUCCACGGCCAACUGAAGAGGAAGCGGCAUUGCACCGUAUCAGUUAGCGGAGGCAAUGAGCAUAUCCGCGCGUUCUUAAAGAUCUGCUUAGAUUCUCAGCAGCCAAGACUAGAUCUUCGUAUUGGUGAUGCGCACCUUGUCUUUCCGGCAACCCAGACAGAAAUGGAUCUGGUCACCAAGGGCGUCUCCGCCAAGUCUGAUGCCUUCAUUCAGGCAAACCAGAAGGCUGCUCUUCCGGAGAUGAAGAACGAUCACAUGGGGUGCUUUCUUGAGUUGAGCCCGUCUGCUGAACCUAUCUGCGCUGGCCCGUUCUGGAAAUUGGGACCCGAAGACAUGAUCCGAUGGAAGAAGCUCCAACAGAUCGAAUGGUCGGGCAAAAAAGUGUUUAUCUGGAUCUCCCAUCCCAUCAAGGACCUUGCUGUUUUUAAGGAGGUUCGAGCCUAUAUGAUCAAGAUCGUGAAGCUUGUCCGGGAAAGUUUUGCCGCCGGUGGUGAGCCACAUCCGUUCUGGUUUGCCGAGCAGAAUCCUCUUCCGAAAGAAGGGACCGCAAAUCGUCGACCCAAGAUGCUAUGGCUCUUUAACGCUGAAGGGGAUUACAACACCUUGGAGACACCCGACUCUUUCUUCCUGGAUGAUCGGGACCGCCGUGAAAGACUGGUAGAAGCUGCGGUAAUCGAACAGCAUGUACAAUGGGCCAUGUACGACGGUGUCUUCCAAACCGGCCAGAAACACCAGGCGUCCUUGGAGCUUGUUACUCCCAAAGAGAAUACCUGGAAGCUACAUAUCUGGAUGAAUGCCGAUCCGAAGCCAGCACCACCAGAGGGCAUUCCGGCUAAGUACGAGAUCGACAUCAACCCGUUUCCAGGCAAAGAUUCAAAGCCAUUCGUGGGUCAGGGCAUCUGCGUAGGCUCUGGUCUAGCGGACUUCGCGAUCUUAACUCGGGCCCAACUGACUCCUACUCUAAAUGGACAAAGUCGGCAGAUUGAGGUAACCGUCAAAGUCAACCUGAAGUCGAGCAAUGCACAGAUCGAAGCCCUCGUCUAUGCAGGAAGAGCGACCAGUUUCGGCGAUUCCACCAAGCAUGAUGGAAAUGGAUUCUCCAUGCAGCGCACGAUCCUAGCCCAUAGAUCGGAGCUGGACCCCAGCAACCCCCACUACUUCGAGAUCAACUGCAAGGAGUGUUCGAUCGUUCCAGGUCCACAACAGCUUGAGCGAGUAGAUUACAUCCUCAACAGGUAUCCUCUCGACCCAUCGCAGAAGAGCGCUGUCGACAAGGCCCUCUUCAAGGUUGUAGCAGGAAUCCACCUGAUCAAAGGACCACCGGGUACUGGCAAAACCCGGACAAUUUUGGUCAUGACGCUCAUCCUUGCAAGCCUGGACCUCAGAGUCCUGAUCUGCGGUGGCUCAGAUACGGCUGUAGACAACCUGCUGCACACGUUCCACCUCGCUUUAAAGGAGGAUGCGAGGCUUAGAGGCUGGGCCAAGGAACUCUAUAGGGCUCAACCACAAAAUAAGGCUGAACAACAAGCCAAGAAGCUGAUCGACAUGCUGGAUGACGAUCGCCCAAGGGUCCUGGGACGUGAUGAGACCAAAGCCCUGGUCAAGUGCUAUGAGGAUGUUCUGGCCCUGAUAAUCGGCAAGUGCAAAGUCGUGGCCACAACACUUAACAGUCCGGGCGAAGAGGCGUUGCGCAUCAGCAAGUUCGAGCCAUUCGCCUUGUUGUGUGAUGAGGCUGGCCAGUGCCUCGAGGCGGACACGAUGAUCGCGAUGAACUGGCAGUCGCUGCGCCUAAACGAAUGGACCAAGUACCAUGGCCGGUCACUGAUGGCCCGGCUCGAGUGGUGCUACCCACUCAGCACUCUCGAGGUGAACUACCGAUGCCACCCCGACAUCUUGGCUUGGUCCGCCCAGGCAAUCUAUCGCGGCAAGAUCGCCGCAAGCCCUAUUAACAGCGCACCUGAUCGCGUGGGUAAUGCCUGGGAUAGCUUUACGGCAUCUCGACACCACUUCAAAGUGCAAAAGCUUAUCCGAAAGCGGAGGCUUCUGAUCAACGCCCCUGGAAAGGCUUUCCAGCCCCCUGGCAGUACCUCUUGGCAGAAUGACGACCACAUUAACGUCGUCAUCGAUCUUUUAAGAGCCCUGUAUGCGCAUGGGUCCACUGGGAAUCGGAUCCUGCCCCAGGACGUCAUGCUGAUAUGCCCCUACAAGGCGCAGGUGAAACGCGUAGUCGAGCGUUUCGGGGCCGAGGGCGUCCAGUACCACCGGUGCCUCACGGUGGAUUCUGCCCAAGGGUCGGAGUCAAAUGUUGUGCUUUUUAUGCUCACGAAGCCACGAACCAACUCCGUGACGGAGGUCGGAUUCCUUUCUGACUACCGGCGGCUAAACGUAGCCUUGACUAGGGCGAAAAAGCUUAUGGUUGCGGUCGGAAACUUGACCAUUGGGAAUGCCGACUUCGUGAGGAAGGCCAGUGGUGGGAGUUCCCGUUACCUUGCCGGUUUCCUGAAGGAUGUCAUUGAAAAGCGGGAUGUUCUGAACUGGGUAGGGGCGGAGACGGUUGAAAGGGUCGUCGGCUCCAACUUGCAACAGCAGAUGCCUGCCUCAAGCCCGGCCCUGCGACCCAAGGUGGUGCCUCCCCCGGCCGGCAUGGCUAGCAUGGAAACUGCAUUGGCCGCCAAUGCUGAGUACCGCGACCUUGUGCAGGAACGGGCACGUCUUGCUGUCGAGAAAGGGGAGCUUGACCGGUCCAGGAUCGAACUCGACGCCUUGGAAGCCGGGGUGCUUCAGAGGAUUGCCGCCAAUGCCCGUGACUUGGAGGAAUACGAGGUGAUGUGGAAGCGGAAGUUGGAAGGGGACCAUCCGUAG